CGCGUCACAAAGCAUGACAAACUAACAAAAUCGGACGUAAAUAUUGUGAAAAAUGAAAGUGAACUUCAUGUGACCGGCAACAUGUUAGCGUUCGCUUUGAAAGUGUUUUUAUUAACUUCGAUCGCAAGUAGUGAGCGAACCCACGCGCUAAGUUAUCCGCGUAUGCCGAUGUUUGUGCCAAAACGUGUACCGCGCGUAUUAUAUCUAGAUGAGGACGAUUUUGGCCGCGGCGAAAUCGAUUUAACGGGGAAACGCUAUCCGAAAAUCGAUUUCCAACCAGACUACAAAGGAAACGAUCGAUUGUAUUCGAUUCCAACGUUUUAUCAAGGGAGAUUUAGCCGGCCAUACGCCCCGAGUUUCGCCUUCGAACCUAUCCAAAUUGCCCCACCGAGGAAUGGGUUUUACCCCCCCGCAAGUGGUUGGAGGGCUCGCUCUCCCCGCGUUGUGUUCCCAUAUAACCCAGAUACGAGCAAUUCCAUAAAUACAAACGCACACACAGCGCCGAGUAUAGACAAUGUUGUGUUUCGUGAACAAAGUAUAGAUACGAACGACGUUGCCGCCGAGGAUCAGUUGCAGGACAUAAGUGGAGACGCUUUCUCCGAGAGAGGUUGUGGUGUAGCAACCAGCAAGCAGACAGCACAGCGAAGAAUCGUUGGCGGUGAUGACGCUGGCUUCGGGACGUUCCCAUGGCAAGCGUAUAUUCGGAUCGGAUCCUCCAGAUGUGGCGGUUCCCUAAUAUCCCGUCGUCACGUGGUCACGGCGGGUCAUUGUGUUGCGCGUGCGCAACCGCGUCACGUGCGAGUGACAUUAGGAGAUUACGUUAUCAACUCAGCAGCAGAGCCCUUGCCCGCUUAUACCUUUGGAGUCAGGACUAUUAAGGUGCAUCCACUGUUCAAGUUUACUCCUCAAGCGGACCGAUUUGAUGUCGCAGUACUCGCGUUGGACAGAAAUGUUCAUUAUAUGCCUCAUAUUGCCCCAAUAUGCCUACCUGAAAGAGGCUCCGACUUUCUGGGUCAGUACGGGUGGGCGGCCGGCUGGGGAGCCCUAAGUCCCGGCUCGAGGCUUCGCCCCCGGACCUUGCAGGCUGUUGACGUUCCUGUAUUAGAUAAUAGAGUUUGUGAACGCUGGCAUAGAGCUAAUGGUAUUAACGUAGUAAUAUACCCAGAAAUGCUUUGCGCGGGAUACCGUGGAGGGGGAAAAGACAGCUGUCAAGGUGACAGCGGCGGGCCAUUGAUGUUAGAACGCGCGGGAAGAUGGUAUUUAAUUGGCGUGGUAUCCGCCGGAUAUUCUUGCGCGAGUCGCGGUCAACCUGGAAUUUACCACAGAGUAGCGCACACUGUAGAUUGGAUAUCACACGCUACUACGCUGGCGUAGUCUACGGAUUUAAAUAUUACUUACUAAAUUUAAAAGCAAUCCCAAGAUCUAUCCUACUAACACAUACAUAUUGCCGUUGAGAAAUCUAAGCCCAGCUGUAUCUCAAAAAGAGAAAGAAAGCCUUAAAACGGUGAACCUAUGCUAGUUCUUUUUCCUAUUAUUUAUUAUUAAUUUUGAACUAAAUUUUGCAGUAAAUAUAGAAGAGGUUAAAUAAAUUUUUGAUCCAAUUUACAUCCCUUACUGUUAUUAAUCAGUAAUAAAAUUACAACUACGGAAUAAAGUCACAUAUCUCUAACUACUAUUUUGGCUUAAUCUAUGUUACCAUAACUUUGAAAAGAUGAAAGCCAAUACACUUUUUGUUGUUGUCUUUGAUUAACACAAGAAUACUCUUAAUUUAAUUUUAAUGUGAUAGAAUAUUACAAUAAGUUGUAUAUAGUUAACAGUGUAAAUAUUUUGCAGUCAUGUUUCAUAAUUCACAGAUAUCGCUAAAUUAUAACCGCUAUAGAGAAUAGAGUUUCUUUCGAAUGGCUUCUAAUCAGCUUUCACUUAUUGUUUUAUUAUUAUUCGCCUGUCGGUACAACGUUCGGCCUUGUCUUUUUUUUCUCGAAACUUCUAUAAUGACUUCACCAUGACUCUGUCCAAAAUUUAUUUAUGGAAAAGUUGACGCUGUAAGAUUUUUGUGAUCGCGUCUAAAAUGUCAAAGAUUAGCCCUGCUGCUUAGCGGCUGUUUAGCAUUAUCUGUAAAUGUCACACCCGUAUAAAGAAAUACAAAGAUCGAUAAUUUUUAUUUUAAGUAGAAUACAAGUUUUCAUACGAUUAGUGUGCUUUAAUAAAUUAUUUACAUUCGGACUUAGUGCUAUU